UUAUGAUGUUUUCUUACAGACAAAUUAGGUUCAAUUUUUUAAACAUUAUUUUGUGGCUGAAUUGUCAAAGAGCGAGUGCAAACGCCGUCUCCAGGAGUACGAAUCAUGUCUACACAAGACGUCCAUAUGGUGUCGCCAUGUGCCGUGCCUGGUGUGAUAAAAGCGGUGGAUGUGAAAUGUUCUGGUUUUCCCCUGACUCACUGGGAUGUUCCAUCACUGAACCAGUCACCCGUUACUCAAGUUUCAAACAACUGUCUAACAAACAGGAUCCAGCUGCCUGUGGGGGAGAAACUUGCCGCUACCUGGCUGGAUGUAUAACCUCCAGAGCUUCAGUAUACAGAUGUGUCAGACCCAUAGACAUCAGAAUCCCCACGAUAUAUAUUGUACAGUUAGCUAGAUACAGUUUCAAACUGUUGAGAUGUGGGCCGAAUGCCGACUCAGAACCUGUGAAACAACAAACAUUUCCGGGACUAAUCAAGGAAAUGAUCAACUUCCCGCUGUUCAAGUGUCUGCUAGUACUGCUGUUUACUAAUGAGUUGAAAUGUAUCUCUUUGGAAACUCUGACGCUCAAGAACUUUUGUGGUGAAAAAAAACGCAGGAGCAGCAUCUGCAUCUGCCAGAGCCCAGGAUGUACCUGCUGGCAGCCAGCUCAUCAGUAUGGCAAGCUGAAUGGAAGGUGUGAGGAAAAGAAUCCUCCUUUCAAGACGAACACUACCAUCUUCGAUCUCAGCAACACCAUAACUGAAGACCCAAUCAGCAACUUUUUGUAUUUCAGUGGUACAUGUAAGAAGGGUCACGGAAAACGCUGCAUUUACAAGUCAAGCAAACUUAUUCCUUGGUCGCAGUCAUUUGUUGUUACGUUUCACGUAGGAAGACUUGUGUUUGACAAGAUUGACAAUACACUGAGGUUCGUGUCCGGCAAGAAAGUUGGACUUUUCCUGCCCAAUGGUACCUCGGUCAUAAACAGAGAGCUACCUGGUGUAUUGAAAGGCAUGCUGCGCACAAGGGAACAUUGGAUACUGAUGGACCACAAUGGAAUGGUGGUGCUGAACAGAGAUUAUUCAACCAUCGCUCGCUAUAGUGACACUAGGUUCCACACCAUGGCCAUUGCAGGCCAGGAUUAACAUAGUACCGAUGUACGAAUUUAUUACAUACCCAUUUAAUCUUAUGAAACGGACGUGGAAUACGGACGUGAACUCCGCACGGAUGCCGGAUAUACUUUUUCGAUUGUUCGGCAGUACUCGGAUCUUUACGUAAACAUCUAAAUUUAGACAUUAUUUAGGGCAUUUUGUUUUCUUGGUCAGAACCUGGAGCUCGAUUGAUGAGGCGGAGACAAAGGAAUGUGAUUCACAUUUACCUAUGUAAUACAUCCCUUGGAUGUCUAAUGAGUA